AUGCGCAAGUCGUUUGGCAUCUUUUCUUGGGCGACAACAGCCGUUGCGGUCAGUCAUCCGUCGGCAGCAGUUGUGGGUGCUGUUUUGCUCGUUUGCUGUCAUAAAGUUUGGUUCGCAAGGAGGCGUUCGUUUUUGGUUCGCAAGAAGGCGUUCAUGUUUGUGUCACAAGAAGGCGUUCAUCUUUUGCGUCACAAGACGACUGACCGCAACGGCUGUUGUCGCCCAAGAAAAGAUGCCAAACGACUCGCGCAUCUUCUUCUUAUAGUCCUCGGUGACAAAGGUGACAAACAAAGCAAAGAAUCAGAGAAGGAAAAAGAAAGAGAAAGAGAAAAAGAGAAAGAGAAAGAAAGAGCUGCUCGAGAGGCUGCAUCACAAUUACUUGGAAGUAAUGAAGCAACUGAUGUUGAGGAAGGAGAAGGAGACAAAGAAGGAAAAGUCAAUCAUGUUUUGGGAGUGCCUUGUAUUUUUAUUGACUGUGCAAAUAAUAACACAUCAUUGCUGGAACAAAUUAUGAAGACAGAGAAACUCCCACAAGUCAGUGAGGUUUUGGAAGGUCUGGGACUUGGUCCAAAGGGACCACCAAUUCCUCCAGCAGCAAUAUUUGCAGUUGUACCCUACCCAGUCAAGAGACGUCCUUCUGCUACAAUGGAGCUUUCAAAGUAUUAUGUAUUUGUUGCAUCAUCACCUGAUGAUCCUAAUGUAAUUAUUGAGGAAAAAGUAAAAGAACCCACUGAAGUAGAAGAGGUGCCAAUUCCAGAUAAAGAGAAGCCAGAGAGAGCCACUCCUGCCUCCAAGAUGAAGACAAAGAUGGCAGAAAGACAAAGGGGAAGUAUUGACUCCAGUAAGAAGAAAAGUGCAGACAAGAAGAAGAAUCCCCCACCAAAAUCACAGUUCCAGUUACCAUCUCCUCCUCCUGGAGGCAUCACCCCAAGUUCUGAUGAUGGCCAAAGUUUGCUGGGUGACAACAUUGCACUGAGUGAACCAAAGACACCAAAGCUGAACUAUUUUCGAUGGAUUGUUCCUGCAAAUGGUGAAGUCACGCUAAGAAUCCGAUUCUUGUCUAAUGAACUCGGUCAGUUUGAUCACACCCUGACUUUUGAGAUAACAGGCACAAGACGCCGAUACCAGAUCUUCAACCGAGGAAUUUGUGCCUUCCCAUCCAUCAGCAUGGAUCCAAAGACAGUGUUUGUUCGUCGGAAAAAGUCAAAAGGCUAUCUGGAAAUUGUUCACAAAAAAUACAUCCUUUCCUCAGAUACAUUUGAAUUUGGACCGCUCCUGGUUGGAAAUUGUGUGGAUAAGUACAAAGAAUUCCAAGAGAAUGUAGAAUUUUUCAACAUUGUCAACAUCUCCCCGAUGGAAGCAGAAGUCUAUUUUUGUUUCUUGCAAGACAAUAAGAGAGAAACAUUUAUGCUUGACCCACCAAGUAUGACCUUAGCACCUGAUGAGUCCAAGAAACUUUCUGUAUGGGCAUGUCCUCGUCAGCCAGGGCAUUUCUCUGAUGCUGUCGUCUGCUGUAUUAGGGAGAACCCAGAGACUGUGAUAUUUAAAAUAAGCUGUGAUGGAUUUAGACCUGAGCUGGAACUUGACAAAAGAGUUUUUCAAUUUGACAAGGUUCUAAUAUUAAGAGAAGAGAUGCGCACCAUUUACCUACGCAAUCGCACUCAAAUGCCUGUAGCUUGGAAAUUGAUAGGAACUGAAAAUAUUGGCGAAGAAUUCUCUGUGUCUGUCCAUAGUAACGUGGUGGAGCCAUUGACUGAGUAUCCACUCCAGGCAUUCUUUUGUGCUAAAAAACCUGUAAUGAUUACAAAAAAGCAGAUCAAACUAGAGAUAUCAGAUGUAGACAAUAUAGUAAAACCGAUUACAGAACAAAUCAACAUUGUGGCUGAGGCAUACGAUGUAGCAGUGGACAUCAGUUUCCCUAAAGGCAUUGCUUCAGAUGAUGAGAGACGUCUUGAUUUUGGGACUGUGCGUGUUUCAGAGGACAGCAAACAAGCACUGACUUUGAAAAACAAAGGAAAAUAUGAUAUUCUUUACAACAUUGUGCCAAAUCCUGAACUACAUGACAAGUCCUUGAUAUCAUUCUUCACAGUGACACCAAUGAGAGGUGUUUUGUCACCACUGGACAGACCAUUUACAGCCCAUGUUGUAUUCAAUACAGAAAAACAAAUUACAAUCAAAGAUAUCAACAUCUUCCUUUGUCAAGUGAUUGAUCCAACCGGUGGAGAAUUGGUUGUGGCCAAUCUGCCUAUUAAAAUAUCUGUGAAGGCUGUUUUUAGCAAGUUCAUAAUAAGUCCCGAGAAUGACAUCAAUUUUGGCUUUUUAAUUCUCUUCAUAUCUAUCUUGGUCCAUUUUGAUCUUUUUAUAUCUAUCUGUCCAUCUAUCUAUCUAUCUCAUUCCAUUUCAAUUGUUUCAUAUUUAUUUUUCUAUCUAUCUAUCUAUCUAUCUAUCUAUCUAGCUAUCUAUCUAUCUAUCUAUCUAUCUAUCUAUCUCAGCUGA